CUUUUGGCCGCAUGGGGGCGCGACUCAGCGAUACGGAAACUCAUCAAAACGUGCUCGGGAAGUUUUGUAAAUGGGAAUGCAAAUGAAUUGUAUACCAAUCGAGGAAAUAACGGCAAAAAAGUGAAACGUCUUCGGUAAUUUUGAGUUUAACAGUUACAGCACACGGACAGACAUGGUGGAUAACACUGAUUAUGCUUUUCCUGCGGGCGACGAAAGUGAUGGAAGUAGUGACGAAUGGGAUUUUGGAUGUAUUCGUAAUACCGAGAAACUAGACCCUGAGGCGACAUUAGCCCCUGAGGACAAUUUGUCUGUCCUGAAAAGGGCCAUCACGGCGGGGGACGUCGAUCUCAUGCGGAAGCUACUGGACAGUGGUAUGAACGUCGAGACACGUCUGGGCUUUGAGUGGACUCCUCUCAUGUGCGCUGUCCACGUCGGUCACUGCGAUCUGGCCGAGCUGCUGUUGGACCGUGGAGCCAGUGCUAACUUCAGCAGAGAUCAUUACACUGUGCUAAUGGCAGCUUGCACUGCAAAUUCUGCCACUGAAGAGAACAUCAGCAAGUGUGUGGCUCUACUGCUGAGUCGUAAUGCUGACCCAAAUAUCUACAGCAGGACUCGCAUGACUUGCCUCAUGCUGGCCGCCAGGAACGGUUACUCUCAGGUGAUCAAUCUGCUGGUGUCCCAUGGAGCCAAGCUGAACUCUCAGGAUGACAACGGCUAUACGGCACUCAUGUCAGCUGUGCAAUACGGGCAUGAAGCUGCAGUUCUUAAACUACUACAGCUUGGAGCCGACAAGUCCAUUAAAAGCAAGUCCGGGAAUACAGCGGCUGACCUGGCCAAAACACUCAAAAACUUGCAGAUCUGCAGGAUUCUCGACUCUUCCAGUGUGUCCAUUGUUAAUGGUGCACUGCCCUCCAAACCUGAAACAGUGUUUAAAUUCCUCAGCCGAAACCCUGAACCUCUAUCCAACUCAAUGGAGAGUUCUGCUAAACUAAGUGAUAUUGAACUACUACUGCACGGACUGAAUCUAGAGUACCUCUCUGACAUCAUGGUGGAUAAUGACAUCACCUGGAGCUACUUGUUGACAAUGGAAAAAGACGACUUAGAAAAGAUUGGAGUAACAGACGCUGAAGACCAAAAGAAGAUUCUUAAUGCAGUUCAGGAGAUUCACCUUGACAGAGUGAAUCUGGACACCUUGACCCGGCUUGACAACAUAGACAGUGGGAGUGAGGAGCUGUAUAACUUUCUUAUCAGCCUGAGGCAGCAGUGUUGUUACCUAACUGAGAUGGUGCAGGAUGUCAUCAGCAAGUUCCCCCGCAGCACCUCACAGCUUGUUCUGACAUGGGAUCCGAAGAAGGAGGCUCAGGCCAUAUGCACAGAGCUAGUGGCUCAGACCGGAGACCUGCAGAAAGAAUUGGUCUGUCUCAGGGACCUCCUCAGUAAGCUCAUAACUCAGAAGCAGUGUAGUCUCGUGUAGAGAAUUGGAGCGUAGAGGGCAGCCAGCGUGCCCUCUGUGUCAGGCUGGAAUCUGACAGUGAAUGGAGGCCAUGUGCUGAGAGAAGACCCGACCGAUGUGGUUUAUCUUAUCUUCUAAUGCUCUUCAGGGAGAGAGCCAAACAUUUCUACAGAUCUCCCCAAUCAUACCACAGUUGAAUUGGUAUAGGAAAAACCAUGAGGUGGUUGUUGCAUGAGGAACUUGACGUCCCUUAUUGAUUGACGUCUUAUUUAACGUCAUUAUUUAGUCAGCUGUAUGUGCACUGGUUUUCAAAGAAAGAGCAUCUAAAAAAAAAACUUAUUUACUACAAUAAAAGUUUUUACAAAAUUCUGAUUUUUGAAGCUCCUUGGUUAUUCCCUUUUUUUUUUGAAGCUUCUGAUACUUCAGAUUUUUCGAAGCUAUCUGAUUCACUAGCUAAACCUAGUGAUAGGGUGAAGGCUUUUCUGUUGAGCCAUUCUGAAACCCAAACUAGACUUUCAAGAAGUAAUGUAAAACUGACAUAAAGAAAAACAUUCGCCUGAUUGUUGGGAGAUGGCUAGUUUGAGUCUCGCAGAUACCCCAGUCAUUCAUGCUUGGGAGAGCACAAUGGUGCUGCGAGAACAAUAGCCAGUCAUGUGCGUUUGUGAGCUCGUCUGUGAGGGCAAGUACUGUCCCCUACAAGUUCAGCUGCCCUAUGAUGUUUCAUGAGAAAAAAGAUGCAGCAGCAAUGCUGCUUGUGUCUUACCCUGCCUAAUUGGUAGCUGUUGUGUGAUCUGGGAGAACUGGCUAGUGGGUGGGAAAUGAUGUUGACCAAACUGGGAGAAGAAAACUCAUGAAAAUAAAAGAAAAGGUACAAGAUGCCAUGGAAGAUUCAAACACUUCGCAUGUGAAUGUGUCUCAUUCACAUACACACACUCACACACCAGUGGUAGCAGAGCUCCUAUGCAAGGCACUAACUUACCAUCGGGAGCAACUUGAACGGGGUUCAGUGUCUUGGCCAAGGACACUUUAGUAUGUGGAGUCAUGUGGGCCGGGAAUCAAACUGCCAACCCUACGAUUAGUGGACAACCCACUCUACCACCUGAGCCACAGCCGCCCCUUGAAGGUCUUGAAGAUCUUGAAGGUCAAUUCCUUGUGAGACAUAGAGCUGCAUUCGCGGACCUCUAAGUCAGUGCUUCUACCUAAGUCAUAGAAGUCAUCUUAUAAAAAUGGUCUUGUAGGAUGGGUUGUGAUUAGGAACAGUGAAUCAGAAGAGAUUCUAGUGUGCGAAAUACUAUAAACUUUUGUGCAGCAACUGGAGGAUGAAGGUCUAAUGAGUAACGGGUGAGUCCACAUUCAGAUUCUUAAUUUCUAAAUACACCAGUAUGUCAGAAGAAGUGUUGACAAGAAGUAUAUUCUGUGUGUCUGUAAUCCAUGGUGACUGUUUUGGCAUUGUCUGGUGCAUUCCAGUCAGUAAUGUAUGGGAUCUUGAAAUGAAAUGAAUGAAAUGAUAAAUACUGAGGAAUGUAAGCAGAUUGUAAUUCAUUAACUUUUGGCAAACAGACUGUCUGGUAAAACCUUGCUGUUUACAAAUGCAUUACAAAUGUCACCCGGAAACAUUGCAUGUAUUGCAGGACAUGCUGUUUAAUUAUAUUUGAACUCAUCAGUCCAUUGCCAUUUGCACCGUGAGUGCCGUUCAGUUGCAUUCAGUUAAGCAUGAAAGGUUUUUUCGAUACAUUUCAGAAAACUUAUUAAUGAAUGUUGAUGAAAACAUUAGAACAAUGAUUGUUACUGCUCAUUUUAACUUUGUGAUGCUCUCCUUCAGUUGGAUCCCAAUGAUUACACCUUCCAUCCUCCUCUGCCCAGUUCACACACCAGCAUGAGGACACGAGUUGUAAAGAAACUUGCAGUGGCUGUGCUUGGUGCAGGAAUACUGCUAUUGUUGUCCCAAGCAAGACACU